AUGGUUUGUGUAAAUAAUCAAACUAAUCAGAUGAUAGAAUCAUUUCUUAGUUCAAUUCAGCAAUUACAUUCUCAAGAUAAAUACCCACAACAAAUUUGCAACGACUGUUUAAUACAAUUAAAAAACGUCUACCAAUUUAAACAACAAUUUGAAUUAUCUUUAAAAAUACUUAACAAAAUUAUCACACAAACUAAUCGAUCCACUGAUCAACUUGAAAAUGAAAAUAAUACUCAACAAUAUGAAGUUAAGAUAGAAGUUGAAGAAGAAGAGGAAAAUUUGGAGGUAACAAUUAAACAAGAAAUUGUAGAUGAAGAAUCAACACAACAAAAUAUUGAACUAGAUGAAAUUAAUAUCAAUGAUGAUUGGAUUAAAUCAGAAGAAUUUGAUAAUGAUAAUACUGAUAAAAUUUCGUGUAAUUUUCAACAAAGUAAAACAACUGAUAAUGAAACAAAUAAUGUGAUAAUUAAACAACAUAAAAUCUCAGAUUUUAUCUGUAACAUUUGUAAAAGUAAAUUUAUUAAUCGUAAUCGAUUAAUAAAACAUAUAAAAACCCACAUAAAAUUCCAAUCAAACGAUUUACUUGAAACUGAUCAACAACAGGGUAAAUUUAAAUGUGAUAAUUGUUUAAGAAAGUUUAUCACAUUAACAGAAUUAAUCACACAUUGUGAACAAGAUCAUGAAGCUAAACCGAUCAAAUGUAAACAAUGUGACUUAGAAUGUGUUAACUAUUUACAAAUGUUAAAACAUGAACAAAGCCAUUCACGUAAAUAUGUAUGUGAACAUUGCGGUUUAAUAUUUAAUCAAUUAUCAGUCUUAGAAUCACAUAAACGAUCAUCUCAUUCCGAUAAGAAAGAUCAUGUUUAUGUAUGUUCGAUUUGUGAUAAAUCGUAUCCAACGAUAUCGACAUUAAAAUCGCAUGUGAAAACAAUACAUGCAACACGUUUAGAAUCGUGGGAUGUUUGUACAAUUUGUCGUAAAUUAGUGAAAUUACAUUCGUGUUGGUGUUGUGAUGCAAAAUUUGGUUCAUGGUAUGCAUUAAAACGACAUAUGAUUAAACAUGGUGUUGAACGGCCGUUUAUGUGUAAAAUUUGUGAUAAAGGAUUUCGAUUUGAUACUAUUCUUGAAAUACACAUCCGUACACAACAUUGUAAUUGA